ACCGGACACGAUUAACAACCACGUGAAGACCUGUCGUGAGGAGCAGAAGAACCUGCACUUCUUUGCCCCGGAAUAUGGAGAAGUUGCCAACGUCACCACUGCUGUGGACAUUUACUCCUUUGGGAUGUGUGCACUGGAGAUGGCGGUGCUGGAAAUACAGGGUAAUGGAGAGUCAUCUUACGUGCCCCAGGAGGCCAUUAACAGUGCCAUCCAGCUGCUGGAGGACCCCCUGCAGAGGGAGUUCAUUCAGAAGUGUUUAGAACAGGACCCUGGCAAGCGUCCCACUGCUCGGGAGCUCCUUUUUCAUCAGGCAUUGUUUGAGGUGCCAUCACUGAAGCUGCUGGCUGCUCACUGUAUCGUUGGACAUCAGCAUAUGAUUCCUGAGAAUGCUUUAGAAGAAAUGACCAAAAACCUUGACAUGAGUGCGGUGUUGGCAGAGAUUAAUCAUGUGGACAGGGAAGGAGUCAAGAUGAUCUUCUCACAAUCUCCAGCAUUGGAGCUGGACAAGUUCCUGGAGGAUGUAAGGAAUGGUAUCUACCCGCUCACAGCUUUUGGGAUGCCGCGACCCCAGCAGCCCCAGCAGGUCGUGGUGAAAUCUCCCAUUGCUCCACCAUCAGUGAAAACCCCGACUCCAGAGCCUGCUGAGGUGGAGACUCGCAAGGUGGUGCUGAUGCAGUGCAACAUUGAGUCUGUAGAGGAGGGAGUGAAGCACCAUUUAACACUGCUGCUGAAACUGGAAGACAAGUUGAAUCGACAUUUGAGCUGUGACCUGCAGCCCAAUGACAACAUCCAGGAGCUGGCAGCUGAACUGGUCCAGCUUGGAUUCAUCAGUGAGGCUGACCAGAGCAGACUUACCUGUUUACUUGAAGAGGCAUUCAGCAAGUUCUACUACACCCGGAACGGAGCCCUGACCGCAGUGACUGUGUCCUCUUAGCAGCCCGCGGCUCCCAGGCGGCCAGCGCGGCUUUGUUGCCUGCGACCCCUUCUCUGUCUGUCAUCACUGUAGGGCAUCAGCAAGACCCCAGCUGCAGUGCUUGGAAGCUCCUCCUGCAUGUGCCUGGCUGGGCUCAGCGACAAUCCUCCCUGCCCGCCUAUUAAAGGGGACUUUGCGCAUCAGUAUUAUUUCCGGCCCUGUUUUUGUUGGGAUUUUGCCAGGUGGGGCCGAGCAGCCGGGUCCUGGCUCGGGGUGCUCUGUCACCCCGUUCAUGUGCAUGGAGUUUGUUCUGUUUGAAUUGUACAAAAUGUCUUUUGCACAGCACAGAAAUGUGUUUUUUCUUUCUUGUUUUCCUUUUUUUGUUUGUUUUGGUUUGUUUGGUUUUUUUUAAUUUAAAGGUAAGCAGGGGGAG